UUUACCUCAAAAAAAAAAAAAAAAAUCAAACUACAGCCUGAACUCAGCUGCCAGGAAUGGAUCCGACACACUUACACAGUGUUAAGUUGAUUUAAGGAGGAUCUGUUCACAGGAUUAUAAAGGCCGAGAGCCACACCACAGUAACUUUUGUUCUUCCACAGAGAGCUGAGAGAGAGAGAAAGAGAGAGAGAGGGGGAGAGGAGAAAGGAAGUUUACUGCGGUGGAGGAAGCAGGGCGGCUGCAGACAUGGAGGACUCCGGGUCGGCCCUGGAGAAAAAUGUGGCGGACCUCACUGUGAUGGAUGUGUACGACAUUGCAGCGGUGGUGGGCCAGGAGUUUGAACGCAUCAUUGAUCAGUAUGGCUGCGAAGCUUUGUCCAGGCUCAUGCCCAAAGUGGUGCGCGUGUUGGAGAUACUGGAGGUGAUGGUGAGCCGCAGCUGCAUCAGCCCCGAGACCGAAGAGCUGAGGCUGGAGCUGGACAAGCUGAGGCUGGAGAGGAUAGACCGGCUGGAGAAGGAGAAGAAGCACAGGAAGGAGUUGGAGCUGGUGGAGGACGUAUGGAGGGGAGAAGCUCAGGACCUCCUCACUCAGAUCGCUCAGCUGCAGGAGGAGAACAAAUCUCUCCUCACCAACAUGUCCAUCAAAGACCCCAUGAGUGAGGAAGACCUGCAGAGGCACGAAGGUAUGACGGAGAGAGAGCGACAGGUGAUGAAGAAGCUAAAAGAAGUGGUGGACAAGCAGAGGGACGAGAUUCGAGCCAAGGACCGAGAGCUCACACUGAAAAACGAGGACAUAGAAGCACUCCAGCAGCAACAGUCUCGCCUCAUGAAGAUCAACCAUGACCUGCGCCAUAAGAUCUCCGUGGUGGAGGCUCAGGGCAAAGCGCUGAUCGAACAGAAGGUGGAACUGGAGGCCGGAGCUCAGGCGCGGGGACAGGAAGUCACUGCCCUCCGACAGGAAGUUACACGCUUAAGGGAACGUCUGCAGGGAGACGCGCCCGCCCAGAACAAUGAGGAAGCCCAAGCUCAGCCUCCGUCACCUGCAGAGGAGGCGUUGUGUGAGGAGGAGGCAGGAGGCCUGGACCCGAAGGAUCCAAACAGACCUCGCUUCACCCUGCAGGAGCUGAGAGACGUUCUCCACGAGAGGAACGAGCUAAAGGCCAAAGUGUUCCUGCUGCAGGAAGAGCUGGCCUAUUAUAAAAGUGAGGAGACAGAAGAUGAGAUGGUGACUCCGUCUCCGUCUCCCUCGCCUGAGCUGAGGACUCGCGCCCGCUCGUCUGCUCAGCCGGAGUCGGGAAUCAAACGCCUGUUUAGUUUCUUCUCACGUGACAAGCAGCGGGCGUCGCAGAGUAGCGCUCAGUUUGACGGCAGCCUGGGCUCGUGGACGGGGAAAGACGACGUGUACACAGAACAAGCCCAGGAGGCGUUACAGCACAUGUAGUCAUAUGUGUAGGACUUGACGAGGUUUACGCAAACCCCCCCCCCAAAAAAAACCUCUUAACACUCCAUGUCUAUCACUUUAAGGCCAGCUUGUGAAGCAUCAAACCACCACUAGUGACUCACACUGCAACUGAAAACAAAUGUGUGCUUGAAGUGAGAAGACUUGACACAGAGAGAGAGAGAGAAGAGUGAAAAAUCGCCCAAAAAAAGAGGUUUAUUUAAACAUAUAAGAAGCAUAUAGCUCAGUAUUGAUGGCACAUACAGACUGUACAAUUUUAAAAAAAACAAGAAGAAAUGCCAGAGAAUAUUUUUUUGGUGUUUGAAGAUUGUGUUUGGUUUUUUUUUUAAAGAAUGUGACGCAGCAGAAGAGAGAAAGAGAGAGAGAAAGAGAGAGAAGGUAAAACUCAAGUUGUUGGAAAGGAAAAGUGGAAAGUUGAUCCAGGUGGUUAAUGAUAUGUUAAAAGACUGACAAAGAGCGAGAUAGGGAAGGAAAAAUGGCUCGUUAUACUGCACAAAUUAUGGCGUGGGACACAAAGUGUACAUUUUAAGUUAAUUAAAUUGAUUGAAAAUGAAGGAUUUGCUUUUUAAUUGAAGGAUGAGGAUUUUAUAUUAUAACUACUGCAGAAGUAAGAGACAAAUUUGUUUUCAUUUCAAAUAAGAGAAACACUUUUGUGCCCCAUUAAGUUGUUUUUUUUAACUUUCUGUCCCGUUUUAUGAGGGCAGCUUGUAGGUCCAUCACCAGCAUUUAGCAAAUUCAAACUAUGCAGCUCUACACAUCUAAAAAAAAAAAAAGAGAGAACGGGCCUUAUGUUUAUAAUGUUGCAUAGAAUCACAAUUUAAAAGCUGUGUACUAAAGGAGAUUAAAAAAUAGAUAAUAUACAAUAAUAAACAUGCAAAAAAUACAGUACAUGAAGUAUGAAAAGCCCAUUUCUAACAAGAGGAGAGAAAAAUACGUCAAGGUUUAUGUUUAAAUUACUCAUGGAUUAUCAAAAUAAUGAUACUGAAGUUUUCAUAAUAAUAGUAAGUUAAAAUUUAAAGAUACUAAGCAAAGGUUUUGACAUAGUUUCAACUUAGUAUCUUAUGAUUGGGUUGAGUAAAUCAUCAUAAUUUUGAUGUAGUUUAUUAGAAUUUGGCUUAUAAUUUUAAAUUAGUGUCUUAUAGUUUAGAUUUAGUAAGUCAUAAUUUUGAUUUAGCGUCUCAAAAUCUCAUUAUUUUGA